AUGGCCAACAUUGAGCCUCCGGAGGAGUACGAAUAUGAGGCUCUACCCCCGAACACAUCGUUGCUCUCCAACCUCCUGGCCGGCGCUUUCGCCGGUAUCAUGGAGCAUACCGUCAUGUACCCGGUAGAUGCGAUUAAGACAAGAAUGCAAAUCGUGCAUCCGGUUGGGUCAGCUACAGCAUACACCGGCAUUGCGAAUGCUGUAUCUCAGAUCUCUGCGACAGAAGGCGCGCGGACGCUAUGGCGGGGGAUUAGUAGUGUGGUUGUCGGGGCUGGCCCCGCGCACGCCGUAUAUUUUGCCACGUACGAGUUUGUGAAGCACAACCUAGGCGGGAACGUGGGGAACGACCAUCAUCCAAUUGCCGUCGCUACUGCCGGUGCAUGUGCUACAAUCGCCAGUGAUGCUCUAAUGAACCCCUUCGACGUGAUCAAACAACGCAUGCAAAUGCACAACUCAACAUAUGGCUCGGUCUUCGACUGUGCUCGCACAGUUUACCGUCAUGAAGGCCUUAGGGCUUUCUACGUCUCAUAUCCGACAACUCUGGCUAUGACUAUACCAUUUACUGCAAUUCAAUUUACUGCUUACGAAUCCCUUUCCAAAGUCCUCAACCCACAGAAGAAGUACGAUCCAUUAACACAUUGUGUUAGCGGUGGUCUGGCUGGUGCCGUUGCAGCGGGUCUAACGACACCGUUGGAUGUUAUCAAGACUCUUCUACAAACAAGAGGAAAUAGCCAGGACCCGAGAAUAAGGACUUGCAGCAGCCUGUUUGAUGCCGCAAAGAUCAUCAAUGAAAGGGAGGGCAUGCGCGGGUUUAUGAGGGGAUGGAAACCUAGAAUCGUUAACGCGAUGCCUAGCACAGCCAUCUGCUGGACCAGCUACGAAAUGGCGAAAUACUACUUCUACACUCGUGAAAAGGAGAGGGCUAUCUAA